GCUCACCAGCUCAAGUCUUUCCAACGGAGGAGGCACAGUUCUCGUUAAUAGGCUCCAGAUGCCUUUACAGAAAACGCACGUCUGCCGUCUGCGCGGACUGCCUCCUCUUUCUUGAACCACUCAGGUGUGAUUUUUCUCUUUCUGACAUCGAAGGGUGAAGAUUAUGGGGUUGUAUGCAAUUUCAGAACACGUGGAAACCUUAUUUGUGAGAUUGGCCGCUGUGCGCCCGUCUUCCCUGUGAUGGAGGAGCACGGUGGUGGUGCAUCGGUGGAAAUGAGUGAGAGGUGCAGAGGAGAUAAUCAAUGAAGAGACUGAGGGCUCCUGAACGUUUGGGCAAGGUCAGAGUCUAGCCUAGAUGAGAUUAUGUCCAUGUGGAAACAACAAGGACGGACUUUUACGCUUCCUCUCGGGGGACGAGGUCGCCUGGGGAUGUCCCCUGAAAACCAAGAGUUUCUCUCUGUGUGUUGGAUUGCAGAGGCAGCGAAAAUCCCUCCAUCUGCAUGAUCAUGGUUGAGCUGGAUUUUUGACAACCUGCAAGCUGCAUGCCUUCUUCUUUCUUUCUUUCCUCCCACCAUUCGCCUGGAAAUAAAAGUUUCCUCGCUCUUCUCGACGGGUGGGUGAUUUAUUCGGCCAUUGAUUCGUUUAAUUGCCCGCAGUUGAACCCGGUUAAGGUGAUUUAGAGGCGGCUGGUUAAAGGGGCAGCGGGUGGGUUGAAUACCAUCAGAGCAGCAGUAAACAGCGGCGGCCAGCUGUUUGUCCUGGACGGUCACAUCUGUCUGCUGUCGUCGUCGCUGUCCAUGGUGCUGAACUCGAGCUCCAGGAAUGGUGGAGACGCUGAGUAUCGCAGUCAUCGGUGCUCCCGGAGUGGGGAAAACUUCUAUAAUCCGCCAGUUCAUCUAUAACGAUUUCUCGGAGGUGUACACGCCGACCAGGACCAGAUAUGUGUACAGACCCUCCGUCAUACUGAACGGGAACAUGUAUGAGCUGAAGAUUUUGGACGUCCCGCCAAUCUCCUCGUUUCCAUCCAGCUCCAGUCAGGAGUGGCUGGAUUUGCGCUGCAGAGGUGUUCGCAAUGCCAACGCCUACAUCCUGGUAUAUGACAUCUGCUGUGUGGAGAGCUUUGAAUAUGUCAAAAUGAUAAGGCAGCAGAUAGUGGAGCACAGGGAAGGCAGCAGCAGUGAGGUGCCAAUUCUGGUGGUGGGCAACAAGAGGGAUUUACAACGGCAGCGCUUCAUGCCCCGCAGAGCCGUGUCUGUCCUGGUGAAGAAGACCUGGAAGUGUGGUUAUGUGGAGUGCUCUGCCAAGUUUAACUGGCACGUCGUCCUGCUCUUUAAAGAGCUGCUGGGCAUUGCUGUGGCAAGGGGCAUGCGCCAAAACCACACUUCCAUCCGACUGCAGGGGGCACUACAGAGGAAUCGCUGCACCAUCAUGUGACCCGGAGAGAUCCCUCCACCCCUCUCACCUCAGGAGUGAAGUGGCAAAGGGAGGAAAAAAAAAAGGACUUUUUAUCUAAAUGGCUGGAAAAAUACCCUGUGGCCUCCUGCUUUACUGAGCUGAUUUUUCAUAAUGAGGUUUAUUAGACUUCUGCGCUGUAAAAGACACUAAAUUUCACUAUGGUCAUCUAACCACUUCCUAGUGAAACUCUGCCAAAUGUGUACAUGCAAAGAAAGAGGUAGAAGUGGAAGCAAAGGAUAACCACUAACAUAGCACAGUCCCCCCCUCACCCCCACAUCAGCUAAACAUUUUAUGCUGUGCUUCCCAAAUUAUACAGCAGCAGGUGUUGUUGAGGACUGUUUUGUGGUGGUAGUUUUGUCUGACAGGAUAGAUGCAGUGUGUUUGAGACUCAAAAUGGAGAGGCAGCAAUAUCUAGUCUUCCUUUUGAAUUUUAUCACAUUCAGAAAGGUCAACAGCAAACCUGACAUAAUUAGAUUCAUUUGAGCAUAUGCAGUUCAUGGUCAACAAGUUAGAAAGAUGAAUAGCUCGUACUUCAUUUCUGGCAAAAUCACCUUGAAAGGU